CUAGGGCUGCGCCCGGCGGGGCAUGGCGUCCGAGCGCCGCGGGCGUCCGCUGGCGGCCAGUGUCGGGUCCCGGGCUGGGGCUUGGGGGUCGGCGGCGCGCCGGGGCCGAGGGCCGGGGCAGGUGGGGGCCGCUCGCUGCCUCCCGCUGGCCGCGGCGCCGACGGAGGCAGGCGCCGGCGAGGCCCGUAAGGAGUGGAGGCCCAGCCCUGAGGUUGGGACGCUCUGCCGGGCCCUGGCCCGCGCUCAGCCGGCGCGAUGCUUUUCUCGCUCCGGGAGCUGGUGCAGUGGCUGGGCUUCGCUACCUUCGAGAUCUUCGUGCACCUCUUAGCCCUGUUGGUGUUCUCCGUGCUGCUGGCCCUGCGUGUGGAUGGCCUGGCUCCCGGCCUCUCCUGGUGGAACGUGUUCGUGCCCUUCUUCGCAGCGGACGGGCUCAGCACCUACUUCACCACUAUCGUCUCCGUGCGCCUCUUCCAGGACGGAGAGAAGCGGCUGGCCGUGCUCCGCCUUUUCUGGGUCCUCACAGUUCUUAGCCUCAAGUUCGUCUUCGAGAUGUUGUUGUGCCAGAAGCUGGUGGAGCAGACUCGGGAGCUCUGGUUCGGCCUGAUCACGUCCCCGGUGUUCAUUCUUCUGCAGCUGCUCAUGAUCCGUGCCUGCCGGGUCAACUAGCCUCGCAGAGGAUAUAUUGGAAUGCUGGACCCCAAGCUGAGGUCCCACUUGUACUGCAUCAGAAGUCUGAGUCUGACAUCCAGCUUGAGCCCUGCCGAGUGCCCAGUUUUCUCUCUUCCAGUCAUGUCUGAACUUGUUCCCUCAGCAGGGCUAAAAAGAGCAGCCAUGAUCCUUGAAAUGUACUCCCUCUUCUUUCAUGCUUUGAAUAGCUAACUUUGAAUUGAGAUCCCGAGAAGGGCCCCAGGCCACACAGUACUGAACACCUCUGACAGGUGGAAACUACAUGUAGGCAAAAUGCUCUGAUCGGCUCUGAGUACUUUCAUGGAUCCUGGGGAGGUACCCCCUGUGCAAAGGCUGCGAAGCUGGACUCGAGCUUUCCUCUGGCCAGCAGCGCUGACCUGAGCGCUCCCGGCCCCAGCCCCAGCCCAUCCAGGAGAAGACCUCCUUCGAUGCCUGAGCUCUGGAAAGUGUAAACGUGCUUGUGUCUCCUUCCUGGUUUCCCUGGGGAGGACAGGCCUUCUUCAUUCCAGCCCAGGCAGACAGGAGUACGUUGAAUAAUCACGACUGGAACCCUAUGUGGAGUUCUCCACAUAGCUGUGUGCUUUCCAGGCACUGCUUGGCUUCCUGUCCCAGCAGAUUGCAGUGUCGUGACUUGUGCAUCACCUUGUGGCCGGCCCUGUUAGCGUACCUGAGACAGAUGUAGGCCUUCCUAGGGGACCAGGGAGAGGACCAGGUACCCUGAGGCUCGUGGGCAUUGCGACCUACAAACGAGAAGUCUGCACAUGGUCUCAGCCCAUGCUUGUUGGCCUGAGGGCUUUGGUGUGGUGUCAGUCAGGUGCCAAAUGAGAACAUCUGCUGAGAUGAAAAUAAAAGCAUGUUUUGCUGACGUG